AUGAACUUCAUCACGAGAAUGGGAAAGAAAGCCAUGGCGGCGGCUGCAUCAGUGGUUGAAGAGAAACCAGUCAAUGAGAAGGAUGUGAAGGAGAAUGCGGUAAAAGAUAAGAAGAAGCAGGGGGCUACUAAGGCCAUCGAGAAGGUUGAGAAAAACCAGAAGGCUCCAAAGAAUGACAAGAAAACAACCCCCAGCACGGGAGGAGAAGGAGCUGCAAAUGUGCAACUCAACGGAAGCGUAAGCAAAAAGGAAAAGGAAGUGGACGGUAAGAAGAACAACAACGCGAAGGAGAACAACGCAAGUGGUGCUAGUAGCAAUAAAGCUGAACAGAACCAGAACGCAACAAAGAAGAAAAAGAAAGUGAACAAAAAUAACAAGAAGGAGGAUGGACCUGCGGGUAACAUUAACGAGGAAUCCAUGGAGGAAGAAAAGAUGAACGAGAACCCUGCGCAAGGCAAGGCCAAGGGGGCGAAAAAGACCGACGGGAAGAAGGUGGACGGGAAGAAGGUGGACGGAAAGAAGGCUGAUGAGAAGAAGACGGAUGAGAAGAAGGCCGAUGCGAAAAAAACCGAUGCAAAGAAAACCGAAGUGGUGAAGGCCGAAGUGGCGAAGACCGAAGUGGCAAAGGCUGACGUGGUGAAGGAAGAAGCCAAAAAGGAUAUGAAAAAGGAACUCAAGCUGAAAGAUGACGAAAGGAAAAAAAUCGAAAACGACUUAAACAAAAAAUUUCUAAAGCUCAGCAAACAGGAUAACAAUAAAAAUAUCAACGAGAAAAUGGAAGCAGAAGUAAAGAGAAAAAGCGAGUACGAAAAUUUAAUCGCCUCAAUUAAUACAUCCAUCGCGAAAAUAAAUGCACAAACGCCCAGGCCAACGAACAUGAAAAUGUCAUCUGCAGAUGUGGAGAACAAAUGCAAAGAAGCUAAGCUGAAGAAGAAAAAAAUUAAUCCAAAAAAUGAAGAAGAAAUGGAAGAAGUAAACACGUAUAUUAACUAUCUAGAGGAACAAUUAAAUAUUACAAAAAAUUACGAAAAUUUUAAAAACUUCCAAAACAGGUUGAUCACUUUGAAAAAAUCAUGUGAAGAAAAAUUAAAGGAAAAUGUGAAAAGCAUGUCUGAAAUUAAAGACCAAGAAAAGAAAUUACGAUUUGUUGAUAAAAUAAUAAAAUUCAAAAAGGAAAAACAUAACGUAACCAUUGUGGAGGCAGACAUCACCAACAAAGAAUUUAUCAUGGCUAGUGAUAAAUAUAACCAGUUAAUAAAGCCCUUCAAUUUUAUUAAUAAGAUUCAGAAUAAAUAUGUUGUAUACGUGGAUAAAGUAAAUAACAACAACUUCGAGAAUAAAGUAUCCUUAUUCAUUUCAGGGUGUCAAGAAGAUAUAGAAAAUUUCAUAACGCAUAUAAAAAAUCUAGACUUAACGGAAAAGAAUUACGUAUAUAUGCCUAAUCGGAUCUUCAAAUCUAUGCUGAAUAUGCAUGAAGGUAGCUUUAAGAAAAUGGAGGAAGAGACAAAUGUCUUACUGCACAUUGAUAACGACACGUUGUACUACUGCGGAAUGAAGAGCGAUAUAGAAAAGUUGAAGGAAAUAAUCGAAAAGGCCAGCACGGAACAAAGUACGAACGCGAAGAAUAUUUCCAAGGAUAUCAAAUUGGAUUCUGUUCUAGGAAGAGGAUUCAACAAAAGUUUAUUAAAAGCAAUAGAGGUGAAGACGAACACAUUUAUCCGCAUGAAUUACGACCCCAAGAGUUUCGAAGCAUGGGCAACCAUCAAGGGAAAUAAAACGGCUGACAUAGAAGAAGCAGAGGAAAAACUGAACGAAAUUAUCAAAGGCUUAGAAUCUAAAUUUAUAGAAUUUGAUGAAAGAGAAAUGUUUAACCUGUAUAAAAAAUGUGCGUAUGAAUUGAACGACAUAAAAAUGAAUUUAAAUCUUUUUGUCGUACGUCAGGACAAUGGUAUUAGCCUUGUAGGAAAGGGAGAAAAUAUUCAGAAGGGAUUAGAAAUUUUGGAUUAUGUGAAAAAUGUGAUAUCCUCUAAAUCCGUGAAGAAAAAGGUAACGGAGGAAGAAGCGUACUUAUUCAAUGCCAACUACAGAAACUACAUCAAGACACAGACUGGCGCGGAAGUAAAAAUAUUUAACAAAACGAAUUAUAAAGAAUUAAAUAUCAGUGGAAAUAAAAACGAUAUAGACAAUGCUCUGAAGCUGAUUGAUGAGUUACUUGAGAAGAGAAAAUGUGUACAUGUUGAAAUUACGGAGAAGGUAAUUGCCAUGUUAUUAUCCUCGAAAGCACAGAAAAUAAAGGAAAUUGAAAAAGACACGUCGACAAGUAUUCAGAUAAACAAAAAUAACCAUGUGGCACAGAUAUAUGGACAUGAAGAAAAUAUUGCCCUAGCUAAGGAGGUUCUACAAAACUUGCUCCAAUCAUCUGACGAUAAAGAGGAAAAACAAACUACCAAUAAUAAUUACAUCACCGUCGAAAUGGUUGUCGAUACGGAAUACAUCGGAAGCAUUAUUGGAAAGAAGGGUAGAACUAUUAAUAAAAUUCAGGAAGAAACAUUUGCCAAAAAAAUACACAUUGAUAAGGAUAGUAAGAAGGUGCUAAUUCAAGGGACACCAAAAACUGUCGAGGCCGCCCAAAAAGAAAUUUUAAAAAUACUCAACAGAAGUAAGGAGGAAAAUGGACAAUAUAAUAAUUACCAAAACGAUCGCUAUAAAAAUUCCAAUCAUUCCUUAACACCAAAUAGGAGGAGUACAUACCAUAGUAGUAGCAACAACACGAGGUCUACCAACAACAAGUCUUCUUACCGACCAGAGUCGGCCAAAAACGGAGUCUACAUAAACACCAAUGAUGAAAAAGCUUUUCCCAGCCUCCACGACGUUAGUAAUAUUCAGUCGAGGAAGACGAAGAAGGCUAUCAACCAGGCCAAUGUGAAAAAGCAAGACGAGGAGCAACACGCAGCUGAGGCGAUGGUAGCAGACAAACAAUAG